AUGGGUGGGCCGCUCAAGCUGUUUUUUUUUCCGUACAAUUAUAUAAAUGGAGUUACUCUGGUCCUGAAAGGUCACAUCCUGAAGAUUCACCAAGCUGGAACUCGCCGAAAACUGUCUAGGGGUUUCAGACUCUUUGCCCUUCUGCUGCUAUUUAUCGGCACCCCGAAAGGAAGACAAAUUUACGGAAGAGCUAAGACCGUAGAGGCGGACCGUGGCAUUAAAACCAACACAUGGGACGAUGUAAUAGAUUACAACGCUGAAAUCCACCAAGAACGCGAUAACAAGGAACACGACGAAUGUUCUUCAAAUAUAGCUAAGGCAAAACGAGGAUGCGCGGGGCCUGAUCUUUGCGCGGUUCUAAACGAAGUCAUUUCAUGUUUAUCAAAUGACGAGGAUAAAAGAAAUAUUUGUCAGUAUAAUACCUCUUGCAUAUGUAAAUUCAAGGGAAGCAUUUUAAAGAUGGAAUGUUUCGGGUGUGUAAAAAGCAAUAGAGGUUCUCCAGGCUUUUGAAAAAAGGAAGGUAGACUCGAAACGCGUCAAAGCUGUGUUUAAUAAAUGAACUAAAACAAUUAUAGUGCUUGCCCUGAGCUACAUGUGCGUAAUAAAAGUAUAGUACCUAA